ACUUCCUUGUUAGUAAGUCGGUGUGUGAGGGCGUCAAGAAGUUUCAGACACGCACAAGUAUGUGUGGAUUAAUCACUCGUUUUCGACGAGAUUUUCUUUCGGGAAAUCUUUUCAGACACUGAAAACAAGUCGUUUUUAACUCAUCAACCGGGAAGACGGUAUCCGAGCCAUGGAAUGUUCUUUAAAGGCUGUUUAGUGGAUGAUUUGCUAAGUUAGCACAGGUUGGCUAACAAAAUCUUUUCAUCAUAUGCGCGGAACUGGAUUAUAUGAGCCGGCAUCGCCGAUCCUUUUAUUGGCAUUUGUGAGCCCUUUUAAGGAUUUAUUUUGACAGAUGUUCGACGGGAAGGUUAACUGCGAUGGAUUCGUUGUCGUGUGAAUGGAAACGGUCGGUGUGUUAAAGAAGAUAGCGGUGCUAUUUGAGCUAGCUGUAGCUAAAAGUGGGUUUCAAAUGUUUUGCUUUGUUUGCCGGGGACUGAAAUACACGCAUUUCAGAGUGAUUCAAGUGGAAGAUUAGAUGCCUAACCCGGAGAUUGUUCCCCGAGAAGGCCGGGGGAGAAGCCCAACGGCACAAAGAAGUCAGCGAGAGGAGAGACGUAGUACGACCAGGGGCCACCGGGAGAGACAUCGCGAGAAGGGGCGAUCAUCGUCGUCCUCCUCGCGGAGGAAGAAACACAAGCAUGCUCGCGAGAGACAGCUACAACAACAGCCGUGGCAACAGCAAGAGGUAGUUUAUGAUGGGGAUGUGCGGACUUUGGUGGAGUAUGAUGACGUGAGCUCGCAGUCUGAGCGCUUUUCCGGGAGCCCGUCGCCCAGAACCGACACGCUUUCCGUAGACCGGCUGAGCGAAGCCGAGUUCCAGGACUGCAGCGUCGGCGGAGCCACCACGCCGGAUAGGAAAAGUAGAAGAGACCAUAAUUCUUCCCAUGCGAGGAGAGAAGAAAGCGGGGGAUCGUCGGAGAAAAACAAACAGGAGAGGGAGAUGAAGAGGAAGGAGAAAUCGAGAGAGCGGGAUGCGGCGAUCAAAUCCCGCAGCGGCGUGAGAAAUCACGACAGCAACGGGAGGAAGCCUUCAUCGGCUACUUCUGACAAUAAGGAGUCCAAGCGACACAAAAACAAAUCGAAAGCGGAGAAAGAGCCUCCUUCUGCGUAUAGGGAAACGCCACAAGCAUACAGGGACGAUCGGGAAGAACUCAGGGCCUACAGGAGAAGUAGUCCAAGCCUCACAACGACGGAUAGUGCUUACGGGACAUCAAAUCCCUAUGGAUACCAAUCCCCUAAUACAAACUACCAGUUUAUUUCCAGGAGGAGCCCCAGGAGACUUUCUCCUAACACAACCUACCACGGUCGCGAUUCGGAAUUGUACGGUGCCUAUGUUUCAAAGUCACCGAGUUCGUACUCGAGCAGUAAGCGGAAACGGUCCCCGUCCAGUCCGUACUGGCGCAAGUCACCGAGCUACGGGCGACACAGUCCCUACGAGCAGGGCGAGUUUACCUCCAGCCCGUACGGGCAGCGCAGACGCUCCAGGAGCCCAUACAGAAAGUCUACGAGCCCCACUCCGGACGUCAGGCGGGCGGUAAAGUCACGCAGCCGAAGCCCAUACCAGUCUUCACGUCAUUCUCGCUCACGGAGCCGCCACCGCCACUCGCGUUCCCGCAGCCGCCCCUCCAGUCUGUCCCCCAGCUCUCUGACCCUCAAGAGCAGCCUGGCUGCAGAGCUCAGCAAGCAGAAGAAAGUUAAAGCUGCCGAGGCCGCCCGUGUCAAAAACUCCAGCAACGCAUCCACCCCCACCAAGGGCUCAUCGUCCACCUCCAUCCCGCCCCAACCCAGCCCUGUCAUCAACCACUCGGCCAAGAAGAACAGACCGCCCUCGCCGCCGCCUGUUUCUGAAAAAGGCCCCAGAACUCCUGUGUCGAGUCAGCCACAAUCCCCUGUGGAUAGACCCACCAAGAGAAGCUCUGAGGCUCCACUGUCCAGUAGAGAAGGCAAGGUGAAGGAAGAGAAGAAGAAAGGAGGUCAGACCAUGCAGGUUAAGGAGAAAGAGAAGGCAGCUGUUUCUGCUCUCGCUUCCGCAGGCUCCCUUCCUCCGGCACCCAAUCACCUGGAUCAUAUGGAUGGUAGCAACAGUAGCCUGAAGGACUCCUCCUCAACUCCCUCAGGGAAGAAGAAACCAGAGAGGAAACCCCGUCACCUUCUCACUGACCUGCCUUUUCCACCAGAGCUGCCUGGCAUCACGUCGGGUUCACCGCCCAGCCCGCCGGAUGAGAAGAAGACCCUUACUCAGCGAAAGAGACCAAAAAUUUGUGGUCCACGCUUUGGAGAAAUCAAGGAGACGGAGAUUGACUGGGGAAAGCGCUGUGUUGAUAAGUUUGAAAUCAUCGGGAUCACUGGAGAAGGUACUUACGGGCAGGUGUACAAAGCGAAGGACAAAGAUACAGCCGAGUUGGUAGCCCUAAAGAAAGUUCGGUUGGACAACGAGAAAGAGGGCUUUCCCAUCACAGCUAUUAGGGAGAUCAAGAUCUUGCGGCAGCUGAACCACAAGAGCAUCAUCAACAUGAAGGAAAUAGUCACUGAUAAAGAAGAUGCCUUGGACUUCAAGAAUGAUAAAGGGGCAUUCUACCUGGUGUUUGAGUACAUGGACCAUGAUCUGAUGGGUCUCCUGGAGUCUGGUCUUGUCCACUUCAAUGAGAGCCAUAUCAAAUCUUUCAUGAGGCAGCUUUUGGAAGGACUCGAAUACUGCCACAAGAAGAACUUCCUGCACCGGGACAUCAAAUGCUCCAACAUCCUGCUGAAUAACAAGGGUGAGAUAAAGCUUGCAGAUUUUGGAUUGGCUCGACUGUAUAACUCUGAAGAGAGUCGGCCCUACACGAAUAAGGUGAUCACCCUCUGGUACCGCCCACCCGAGCUGCUGCUAGGAGAAGAGAGAUACACGCCCGCCAUUGACGUGUGGAGCUGCGGGUGCAUUCUGGGAGAGCUUUUCACCAAGAAGCCCAUCUUUCAAGCCAACCAGGAGCUAGCACAGCUGGAGCUGAUAAGUCGUAUCUGUGGCAGCCCUAGUCCUGCUGUGUGGCCAGAUGUGAUCAAACUGCCCUACUUCAACACCAUGAAACCAAAGAAACAGUACCGGCGGAGGCUGAGGGAAGAGUUUGCUUUUAUUCCUCUGAUGGCCCUGGAUUUAUUUGACCACAUGUUAGCAUUGGACCCGAGCAAGCGCUGCACUGCUGAGCAAGCUCUCAAUAGCGAUUUCCUUAAAGAUGUGGAUCCAGCCAAGAUGCCCCCACCUGAUCUCCCUCUGUGGCAAGACUGCCAUGAACUAUGGAGUAAGAAACGGCGCAGACAGAAGCAGAUGCCUGAAGAACUGACUGCCCCUAAAGCCCCUCGGAAGGAGCUGGGUUUGGACGACAGCCGCAGCAACACACCGCAGGGCUUCCCUCCUGCUGGAGGACACAAAGGUCAGAGCACUGCUGCUGCAGCCCUAUUGGAGCCUAAAGCUCCAAACUCCCAACUGACACAAGAACAGCUAGCUGUUCUCCUGAAUCUUUUCCAGUCCAAGAGCGGCCCGGUGGGUUCAGCCCAGUUCGCCCAGAGCAUGGGUUCAAAGAUGAACCCAGAAACGCUACAGCAGCUUACCAAGGCUUUGCCUCCCAUACCGUUGGAGGCCGAAAGACCCCCGGAACCACCUCCACUGCCCAAGGUCUCCAAACCACCUCAGCCUCCUCCAGGAGGGGGAGGAGUGCCUCGCACCCCACCCAUGCCAAAGCCCCCUUCGCCGCCCACCCCCCAGCAGCAGGUUAAGGGAGACAGAGAGACCUCGGCAGCGGUCACGCAGAAUGCUGUCACCAUGUUUCUGGCUCAACUUCUCAAAGUCCAACAAGGUGCGGCAGGAGACGUCAUUGGGUUUGAGGGGGCAGAAGGUGCCAUCUUGAAUGCAGCAGGUGGGAGCUCUGCACCUCCACUGCCAGCUGAGAUGAAGCCGCCACCUGAGCCCAGCCCUGUAUCUCCAGUAACUGAAGGGGGUGGCUCCAGAGUUUUAGAGUCUCUAUCCAUUCUACCACCUGACCAGAGACCCCCAGAACCUCCAGAACCCCCUCCCUGUGCAGAUCUGGACUAUCGACAGGCCCCCGAGCUCAAACAAAGUCUGCCCCCUUCCACAGCCUCAGGAGAAGCUCCCAGACCCCCAGAACCUGACUAUCCACCCCCACCCAGACCCACGGAAGGACCCAAGUACGCAGCAGACUACAGCCGACCACCUCCGCCCUUUUCCCACGCAGGCUUUGCGGAUAGCUACCUCGGCCACAUGAUGGGGGGAGGAAUGCCUCCUCACCCACCUCACGCCCCAGAGACCUUUCCUCGUGGAGUUGCGGUCAGCGCAGCAGCCGGCGGAGGCAACUUCGUUUUCAGUGGUGACAAGGACCAUCGCUUCGAGUACAAUCACAGCCCGCUGCCCGUGGGGCCCGGGCCCCUGCAACCUUCUGUACCCCCUCCUGGCCAAGCCUGGAGUUCGCCAUCCCAAUCAGGGGCGCCACCCCUUCCGCUUGGGUACGUUCCCCAUGUGAACACAGCGGCACUAAGGGGCAGAGGACUCCCUUUUUGAUUGGCGCAGAAGCAGCAUGUUGUUGACUUACUAACGUCAGAUGCCUCAGAAAAGGAAGACUUCAAAAGACACAUGCAGAUGCCCUCGAGUCAGCACUAAGUGGUCUAAAAGCUCACUUGAUUUGUAAUAUUUCUAAUAAUGAGGGGCCCGAGGGCACUGAAGACGGACAGCUUAGGUUACAACCGGAGGUAUAAGCUGUGUUGGGAAGGGAAUUUUUUUAUUUCCCGUUCAUACCCUUUCGUAGAACUGUUUUCGUUUCCCUCCAAUUGGUUUUGUAAUCUUAUUCUACUGCUGUCUUUUAAAUUAAAAUCGUACCUUUUUUGAGUGUGCAUUUACCAUGCUGGGGUAAGUGUUUUUAUGACCUGUACCUUAGUGUCUCCUUUAAUUGGAUAAGGACAGACUAGUAUUACAAUGUUUUGCACUACUGAAUAAAGUAGGUGGAAACAAAAAAGGUGUGAAUGUGCUGUAUCUGCACAUGAUGCAAAUGACCAGUAAUGAACUGUAAGUUGUUUUCCUUAUUUUUGUUUUUGGAUCAGAUUUUGUGUUUUCAAUUAAUUUGAUGAUUAUGGGCUCUGUCACAAGGUUCAGUUCACUGGAGGGGCACUUAUAGGACUCCACAGAGACACUGGUAGCACUUGUGUGAUAGGGCUCAUUUGAAACGCUGGCUACUGAGCAAGCGAUCGGAUCUAAGCUGUUUUCUCACCGGUUCCCCACCAGCUAUUGUCUAUAGCCAUUGUAAAGUUGAGAAUAAAGAGACAUUUAAUCGAUUUCAAGGAGAUAAGCAACAAUGUCUUUUUUGUAAUAAGAUUUUGUUCCCCAUUUGGCAAUUGUUUAUUAAAGAAAUGCCAACAAUGUAA